AUGAAGUUUGCUACUGCUCUCGCUUUCGCUGCUGGCGUCGCUGCCCACGCCAAGAACGUCACCUACACCACCGAGGUCGUCACUGCCUACACCACAUACUGCCCCGGUCCCACUGAGAUCGUCCACGGCGACAAGACCUACACUAUCACCGAGGCCACCACCCUCACCAUCACUGACUGCCCUUGCACUGUCACCAAGCCCGUCAUCACCACCUCCGCUGUCGUCUGCCACGACUGCCCUGCUCCUCCCGCCCACCACGGCAACAACUCCACCCUGGUCCCCGUUUACCCUACUGGUAAGCCCGGCCACGGUGGUGAGAGCGGCAAGCCUGGCUCUCCUGCUGGCCCCGGUGCUACUCCCACCGCUGGUGCUCCUUCUGAGGUCCCCACCGCCGGUGCCGGCAAGGUCGCUGCUCUCUCCGGUGCCGGUCUCGCUGCCGUCGUCGGUCUUGCUGCUUUCCUGUAA